AUGAAGAAUUUUAACCUUCUGUUGGUGAUACUACUACUAUUCCUACCACAAGCCUCUGCACAAAGCAAUAAUGAUACUCCAUUUGAUAGCAUAUUCAUAUUCGACUUCUUUAUCAUUUGGGUUAUAGUCGCAUCGCUCAUAGCACUCGUACUCGUUUUUGCUUGUGAUGGUAUUUGUUGGCCCAGAAAAGAUGAGCCACGACAUUACCCUCAUAUGGAGCAAAUUUUUUCGGAUGACCGUCAUAAUAUGACUAGAGAUCAUGAGCUAAGACAACUUCGUGCUAUGGAGCAAAUUAUUUCAGAUCUCCGUGAUAAUAUGAUUGAAUUCGAAGACUUUUCUUCUCCAAACAUAUAUGCUGUGCAUGCAAAUGGCUACCAUACUACUACAGGAGGAGCAACGGAAAAAGGACUUGAUUCAAAGAUGAUCGAAAAAAUUCAGGAAUCCGACUACGCUGCUGUUAAGAAUAAAGAAAAUGUAAUACACUCUACAGUCUGUGCUGUUUGUUUAAAUAAUUACGAAGACGAAGAUAUGUUGAGAUUAUUACCAUCUCACCAUGCUUUUCACACUAAAUGCAUUGAUGAUUGGUUACUUUCUCAUACUACUUGUCCUUACUGUCGCUCUAAUCUUCUUGAAUCUAUCGUUCCUGAAGCCAAUCUUAAUGCCGGUGAUAUUGCAAAUAAUAUAUUGGAAAAUGACGAAAACAACACUGAGAUGGCGCAGACAUGCAUGGUUCCUGAAACUGAACAAGACCUGGCCAUGUUAGAAUUAUAG